AUGGCGGCGAAUGAUGUGCCAUGUUGUGAGUCUAUGUUCUGGGUGUAUCUAGUUAUAUGUGUGGCUCUUGUAUCAUUUGCUGGCCUCAUGUCUGGCCUUACUCUGGGGCUCAUGUCCCUUAGCCUUGUUGAUCUUGAGGUUGUCAUCAAGGCUGGUCAGCCCCAAGACCGAAGGAAUGCAGAGAAGAUCCUACCCAUCGUUAAGAAUCAGCACCUACUCUUAUGCACCCUCCUUAUAGGCAAUGCAAUGGCAAUGGAGGCCCUUCCGAUCUUCCUUGACUCCCUUCUAUCCGAGUGGUGCGCAAUAUUGAUAUCAGUUACCCUCAUACUUGCGUUCGGUGAGAUCAUUCCUCAAGCUGUAUGUUCUCGCUAUGGGCUGAGUGUUGGAGCAAAACUCUCAGUUUUAGUUCGGUUCAUUGUAAUAAUCCUCUUCCCUGUAGCUUAUCCAAUUAGCAAGCUGCUAGAUUUGCUGCUAGGGAAAAGACAUUCUGCACUUCUUCGACGAGCUGAGCUCAAGACACUGGUAGAUAUGCAUGGAAAUGAGGCAGGGAAGGGUGGUGAACUGACACAUGAUGAAACAACCAUUAUCUCUGGAGCCCUAGAUAUGACACAAAAAACCGCUAAAGAUGCUAUGACUCCCCUAUCCAACAUUUUUUCACUUGACAUAAAUUCUAAACUCGACGAGAAAACAAUGGGAAUAAUAAUAAGCAAAGGGCAUAGUCGUGUACCUAUCUACUCUGGGAGCCCAGCAAAUAUCAUUGGCCUUAUACUGGUGAAAAAUCUGAUCAAGUGCCGUCCGGAAGAUGAAACCCCUAUUAGGGAUCUUACCAUCAGGAGCAUUCCUAGGGUUCAUGAUUGCUUCCCUCUCUAUGAUAUAUUGAAUCAAUUCCAAGAGGGCCACAGUCACAUGGCUGUUGUUGUUAAGUGCAAGAGUGAUUAUAUAAAUGAGGUUGCAGAAAGUGCAAAAGCCAAAUCUAGCAUCUCCGAGAGAAAAAUCCACUCAAAAUCGAAAAAGAGAAAGACAGAGGCGAAAGGUAUUGGUCAGCAUCAAUACUGUCGAAAUGAGCAACUUAGUAUUCCUUCAAGCUCACCCUCUGCAAAUUCUAACAUCAUUGAUAUUCAAAGUCCAACUUUAAGCAUGGAGCUAGGCAGUAAAUUACGCCCGCAAAUGAAGAAACGGGAACAGGCAACCCUCUCAAAUAGAGAUUUGGAAUCAUUUCCAAUUAACUUAGAUGAGGAGGUUCUUGGUAUCAUAACAUUGGAGGAUGUAAUGGAGGAACUGCUGCAGGAGGAAAUAUUUGAUGAAACGGAUGAUUAUGUUGAUGUUCACACGAAAAUUACUAUCAACAUGCAACCUUCACGAAGAUCGCCAUUGAGAUCUCCCAGAGCAGCAACAGCAUCUCAUCUUCAUUGGAGAAGCCCUACGGCAUCCCCAAUUUCUUCAUGCCAUGGAAGUCCACUAUCUUCAAAGCCCCACUCUCCUGCACCAGUUGCACCCUACGUUCAGUCACCACUCUCCAAGCCAACUCUUUGUGCCUCCCCCAGGAAACCUAUACCAAAUUCUCCAUCUAAAGUGUCAGGCGCCGCCCAAUACUCGCCAUCCCCACAUCAGGUAUCGAGAAAAUCAUAUGAGAGGCUGAGACCUGGUUCUUAGGUUUCAAUGGUACGAGUUACUGAAGAUAAAGCACGCAAAUGUUUGAUAUGUAUGAUGGGAAUUUCUAAUUCCAUAGAAUAAUAUGUGGGUCCACAAACUGUAAUUUAGCUCCACAAAAGUGUUUUGAGGAACUAGCAAAUUAGGGCUCCCUGCCCUUCCGCCUUAUUUCGUUGAGAUUUAAGUACUAUUUUUGUUCAUGCACUUUGUC